CGUGGUAAACAAAUACCAGCUGAGUUCAAAGAAUUUUUCAGUCGCAGGAGAAGAAGAUAAGACUAAAGAUGUCAUACAGAGAAUUAAGAAACUGCGCGGAGAUGCUGCGUUCCCUGGGCUUCCGCCGCCUGAUUUCCGUCGAGAACUUCCGCAGCCCGAACUUCCCUCUGGUGUCGGAGAUCCUGGUGUGGCUGGUCGGGCGCUUCGACCCCUCCGCCGACCUCCCGACCGACGUGGACACCGAGCAGGAUCGGGUCAUCUUCAUCCGGUCCGUCGCGCAGUUCAUGGCAGCGAAGGCCCACGUCCGCCUGAACACCAAGAAGCUCUACCAAAGCGACGGAUACGCCGUGCAAGAAAUCCUCAAGGCGCUGACACUCUUAUACGACGCCAUCCAGAGCAACGCGCAGGCGCAGCAGGACUUCGACGACCAGACGGAAACCACACUCAACUUCGAUGUGUCUAAUAAGAUCACGGAGCUCAAGAACAUCAGGUCACUGGCUUCGGAAAUCACCAAGAGAGGCGCGACCCUGUAUGACCUUCUACGCCGGGAAGUCGACCUAAGAGAAACUCGCACCAACAUCAUCAACCGGCAACUCGAGCUGACGGAAGUCGAGGGCGGCAUGCAGUCGGCCAUCCGCGCUUGCGAGGACGAGGUCAAGAAGAAUCAGACAGCCAUAGAGAACGUGGGAUCGGACGAGGCCAAUCUCGAGGCCAAGAUCGAGAAGAAGAAGACGGGACUCGAGCGAGGGCAGAAGAGGCUGCUCACGCUCAAGAAAGUCAGACCGGCCUUCAUGGACGAGUACGAGAAGCUGGAGCACGACCUCAAGAAGCAGUACGAGACGUUCGUCCAGAAGUUCAUCAGCCUGUCUUACCUGGAGGCGCUGCUGGACGACCUCGACCGCGUGGAGCAGGACAAGAUGGCGGAGAGGGAGACGGCGACUCGUAAACUCCUAGAGAAACUGCGCAGCGAGGAGCAGCGCAAACUGGGCGCCAGCGACGACUCGGACGACGACGACGACACCGAAGACGACGAUGACGACGACGACGAGGAAGAGGAGCUCCUGAAGGACAUGGCGAAGGAGGCGACGACGGCGGCGGUGGCGGCGACGGAGGCCAAGAAGAAGAGCGCGAAAGGCCGCCGCGUCUUCGGCAACAUGACAGGCGACCUGGACAGCGAAUCCCUCGACUCGGACACGGAUCUGAACCUCGAGGGCGAAGCCGACACGGACCUCGACGGAUCCGACGUCGACCUCACCGGGGACACACCUCUGGGCAUGGGCGCGGGCGUGGGCGUGGGCGGAGGCGUCGGCGGAGGGAUGGGCGGCGUGGGCGUCGGGGUGGGCGUCGGGGGAGGGUUGGGGGUCGGGGGAGGGGCGGGGGGAGGCGGAGCGAAGCACAAGGGCCCGAGGAUGAGGCCUGCAGCGGGGCCGCCCGACGACGACAACGAUUUCUGA